ACAACAAAAGGAGCGCAAUGAGUUCUAACGAGCACUCCCUUCAAGCUUUGUCAUGGAGAAAACUUUACUUGAGUCGAGCUAAGCUGAAGGCGACCAGCAGAACCUCUGCCCUGCUCUCCGGCUUUGCUAUGGUAGCAAUGGUGGAAGUGCAGUUGGAGGAAGAUCACAAUUACCCUCCUGGUUUAUUGGUUGCUUUCAGUGCCUGCACAACAGUGCUGGUGGCCGUCCAUCUCUUUGCCUUGAUGAUCAGCACAUGUAUCCUGCCCAACCUGGAAGCCGUGAGCAACGUCCACAACCUCAACUCCAUAAGGGAAUCUCCACAUGAGCGGAUGCACCGUCACAUCGAGCUGGCCUGGGCCUUCUCCACCGUCAUAGGCACCCUUCUGUUUCUCGCAGAGGUGGUUCUUCUCUGCUGGGUCAAGUUCCUUCCUCUGAAGAAUAAAACACCUGACAAGCAAGAGAAUGUAACUCUAUCUGAAGGCAUAAGCCCAGGGGAAGCCGCGGCAAUCGCUUCUACCACCAUCAUGGUGCCCUUUGGCUUGGUGUUUAUCGUUUUCGCUGUGCAUUUUUACCGUUCACUGGUCAGCCACAAAACAGAGCGGCAGAACGAGGAGUUGGAGGUUCUGGCCAAAAUCACUCAGAUGCAAAACCAACUGGAUAACAGGGGAGAGGCGAAUUUUGCUUAGCCUACGCAACUAUAUGAGUCCUUGUUCUCACACCAAACACUUUCCCAAAAUAUGGAAUGUUGUCGCAAAUUUAUAGACACUAGAACGUGGGAAUCGGGGAUUCUGCAAUAUGUUAGUAUCACAAUAUUGUGAUGCCUUGUUUAAUUUUUUAUGUGAACAUACAAACCUUAAUACAGAUGGAUUGGGAAUUUGUACCAUCACUCUGUUGUAACUGCAAAAUUAUUUCCCUGCUGCUGCUGUUGGUUGCCUGAACUUGGGGAACUUUUCAUUUCUCUCUCAGUGCGUUGGAUGCUUCCGGCAAGGAAAGUGUCAGUCAAAAACAGUGACAGUCAAUAAUUAAAAAAAUGUAGGCUUUUUUUAACAUCCCGAGUCAGUAGUUGAAUCACUGAAUUGUCAUUCAAUAGUAUCAUCAACAUGUUUGCCAGAACUGUUUGGUUUGCUACAGUUCUUUUAUAGAAUUUCCGUUUACGGUUAGGCCAAAUUGUUACAUCCAAAUGCAUAGUAAGCUUUAAUAAUGUUUUUCAGUAUUAUAACAAUAGACUCAUUUUCUUUUCAUCUUAACUGCAUAAAGUAGAUAAGUCUGAAUAAUGCAUAUAAGUCUAAAUGUAAGCAUACUGUAUGACAGUUAAUGAAUAAAACAUGAUUAAACGGCUCAGAGAUUUACCCUGGAAGUGAUUUAAAAGGGCUUUUCACACUGCGCUUCACCCCAAGUUAUCGUCGCUCUAAAGCAAGCUUUUAAAGGAAAGUUUCACAUUUGCACCAGUAAUUUAGAACCAGGUUUAAUCAAAUUAGUAAAAAUGACAAAGUGAGAGAGAAUGCGACAAUUGGAGUGAAGAAGAGAAAAACUAAAAACAAAUUAGCAAUAGCACAAAUAUAUACAGUUCAACAAAGGUCAGGUAUAGAAAUUAAAAUUGUAAUCAAAUAUACAGUACAGU